CCCCGCGCAUGCCCAGUACGAUCUUCCGGCUGGGUUCAGUGGGGGAAAGGUGGCCGGAUUGUUGACGCUGCUGCGGGCAUGAACACACUGAAUUUCACCAGUUGACUAAAGAUAUUUCUGCUGUGCGUGGAUACAGUAAACUAAAGUCAACACAUCCCAAAGAAGUCUGAAUUCCUUCCAGGGAGAAGAAAUGGAUAAUAAUUUGUUAGAGGCUCUGCCGGAGCUGACCUUCCAGUACCAAGGCAGCCUGCCAUCCCUGCCUGUCCCGUCACUAGAGAUGAGCCUUUCAAAGUACCUGAAUGCAGUUCAGCCAUUCGCAUCUGUGGAAGAAUUUAAGGCUACAGUGGACAUUGUGAAGAAAUUUCAAGUGGGUGUUGGCAAAGAGCUGCACCAAAAACUACUGCAGAAAGCCAGGACAAAAAAGAACUGGUUGGAAGAAUGGUGGUUAGAUGCUGCGUAUCUGGAGGUUCGCAUCCCCUCUCAGCUGAAUGUGAACUUUGGCGGCCCGACGCCCUACCUGGAGCACUGCUGGCCUCCUAAAGAGGGAACUGAGCUGCAGAGGGCCAGUAUUGCCACAUGGCAUACACUACAGUACUGGGACAUGAUCCGCACGGAGAGGCUGCAUCCUCACAAAGUUGACAAACUACCAUUAGAUAUGGACCAGUUCAAAAUGCUGUUCUGCACCUGCAAAGUACCAGGAGUAAAGAAGGACACAAUUCGUAACUACUUCAAGACUGAGCGUGAGGGUCCCUGCCCCUCCCAUGUGGUAGUGAUUUGUCGUGGACGGAUCUUCACUUUUGACGCAGUCUGUGAUGGGAAAAUCCUCACUCCUCCAGAACUAUUUAGGCAGCUGAGCUAUGUGAAAGAGUGCUGUGAGAGAGAGCCAGAGGGAGACGGCGUGGCUGUUCUCACCUCAGAGGAGAGGACUCGUUGGGCGCAGGCCAGGGAGCAUUUAAUAAGCAUUGAUCCACAAAAUGACACCAUCCUGGAGACCAUCCAGAGCAGCCUGUUCGUCAUAUCGCUGGAUGAAACAAAACCCUACUCUACUCCAGAGAACUACACAAAUGUGACCAUGGAAGCCCUUACAGGCAACCCCACCAUCCGCUGGGGUGACAAAUCGUACAAUUCACUCGUGUUCGCAGAUGGCACUUUUGGAUCCACUUGUGAUCAUGCUCCUUAUGAUGCCAUGGUACUGGUGUCUUUGUGUUGGUAUCUGGACCAGCAAAUCAAAGUUACAGAAGGCAAAUGGAAGGGCUCAGACGCAGUGAGACCCGUACCCCGUCCUGAGGAGUUGGUGUUUACUGUGGACGAAAAAGUCCAGAGUUACAUCCACCACGCCAAACAGCAGUACCUCGAGUCGACGCGGGACCUGCAGCUUGUCUGUUAUGCCUACACUGCGUUUGGAAAAGAAGCCAUCAAACGGAAGAAGUUACAUCCAGACACUUUUGUUCAACUAGCAAUGCAGCUGGCCUACCAGCGAGUACACAAAAGCCCGGGAAGUUGUUAUGAGACAGCAAUGACUCGCAAGUUCUACCACGGCAGGACAGAGACGAUGCGACCCUGCACCCAGGAGGCUGUAAACUGGUGUAAAGCCAUGAUGGACCCCACGUGUGAUGCUGAUGCCAAGAGGAAAGCCAUGCUGGUGGCCUUCAAUAAACACAACAAACUGAUGACUGAAGCCCAGGAAGGAAAAGGUUUUGACAGGCAUCUUCUUGGGCUGUAUCUUAUCGCCAAAGAGGAGGGACUUCCCACUCCAGAGCUCUUCAUGGACCCCCUCUACGCAAAGAGUGGUGGAGGCGGCAACUUCACGCUGUCGUCCAGUCUGGUUGGCUACACUACAGUCCUGGGGGCCGUGGCUCCCAUGGUGCACCAUGGCUAUGGCUUUUUCUAUCGCAUCAGAGAUGACAGGAUUGUGGUCUCCAUCACAGCAUGGAAAUCUUGCCGUGAGACCGAUGCUGCGACACUAUACAACAACUUCUCCAACAGCUUGCAUGAGAUGCUCCACCUGGCCACCACAUCUCAGCUAUAAGUAACACAUUAAUGCACACACUGUUCACAAACCCUCAGUUAAUAGUCGACAGCUAGUGAUAGUCAUGUUUGUUCUGUGCACAGAUCGAUGCAGAGCUACAGAAUCCAUGCUGCUAGGUAAUAGCCACUGGUUGGGCAUUAAAACUAAUCUACCGACUUUUCUAUUUCUUGUAGUGAUGAAUAAUUAUUUUUUCUUUCUGUAAAUUGUUAUUAUCUGAGAAUAUAUUUUUCCUGAUUAUCUGAUUUCAUCAUUGUUGUGUACAUUUUAUUGAGAAUGUUUCAUUUUAAAUCCUGACAGUAUUAAUCCACCUUUAAGAUAAGAUGAUUCUAAGGCUAAGACCUUAUUUAUGAUGUUUGUCCCCCAGUGGGUAAAUAUUCAACAGAUGCUGCGACUGGACAAUUGAAGAAAAUGGCUUUUGGUUGUUUUGAAUGUUGGCCUUAGAUUUCUUUUUGCAAUAAUAAAAUGCAUUCCAAUUAAACCCCCCACAAAAAACUAUUUGAUAUAAGUUACAUAGAAUUGAUUUGACUUGUUUUGGACAAUAUUCAGCUAUAAAAGACUUUUUGCAUGAAUUCAUUUUGCCUUUAAAAAAACCCAGCAGUCUGGUUGUUUGCCAUCAGUAUAUCUGGAGGACGGCUAACACUGCCUAUCUAUGCAGGAAGUAACAUUACUACUGUAUUUUGCCAGCGUCCAUUUUCAAAGUUUGAUUACACACUUAAAAUUUCAGUUUGACUUGUAACUUUGUUUAAACUAAAGGUUGCCUUCCAAUCUGUAGCUGCACAGGGAAACUGUUGGUUUGCUCAUUGUUGCCUUAUUUGCUUUGUCACUGCACCUUUUUUAUAGGGCCUACACACUAUGCAGCUUUCCUUUUUUAUCUGUGUUCUCUGUCUGUCAAGCUAAAGAUGACUGACUGUUCAUAUUACUUUAUAUUAGGAUGACCUCUGUAAAACAUGAAUGAACCCUAAAAACUGUGAUUUCUUUCUGCACAUUUCCUCUGCAUUUGAAACCUAAUCUGUAAUCUUGUCUGUGAUUGUUGACAAAGGUUUAGGAAAUGGCAAAAUGUGAAUAAGAUUGUACUUUUAAAUAUACAAUAGCUUAAAAUUUUAAAUACAUUUUUAUUAUAAUUAUGAACAUGUGAUUUUGGAAAUUUUGUUCAAAGUUGUUUCGACAUGAGAGAUGAGAUGAGACGAGAGAUCUGUUUGAUUGUCCUGGUAAACAUGAUGUUAAAAUGACGUGAUGAUUUAAUAACUGAAUAUAAAUAUUUUAUAGUUACAGUACAUAUAAGCUGAUUGUACAAAAGGUUAGUAAUUCCUUAUAUUUGUAGAAACACAAUAGGAUUCCUCGGGAUUGCAACCAAAGUGUGACAAUAAAAUAUUAACUCUG